CUUGUCUUUGCUCAGCAGAACACAGAAAGACAGCAACUUUAUUUAGCCAGAAACAAGGCAAAUAAUAAAAAGUUCCUUCACGGGCAUUUGACCAACGAGUGGCCCCCUAACUGGAGAAACCAGAUGGUAAUUAAAACAUCCUCAAACAUCCUCGAUCAUGACCAGCUUCCUUCUGUCAUGUGACCAGAGUGUACCAGGUGUGAGUGUGACAUUUGCCUUGUCAUGCAAAGCACUGCAGCAUGUUUCCUGUCCUUGAAGAGUACAUUAGCAUAUGUUGUUAACUGUAAAUACAAACCAUUUUUAGUGUAGCUUUGUUGUGUUUUCAUGCAACAGCAUCUGAAUGAUUGGAAGGCCCAAGAGCUCUACUAUCUGAGAAUGCAACGAAACAGAGACAGGAUGGAGAGGAAGAACAUGGAUGAGCAGAAUCAGUGUCAGAGGAAGUUGAGGGUGUGUGUGGCCACAUGCAACAGAGCUGACUACUCCAAGCUGGCGCCCAUCAUGUGUGGGAUCAAAUCCCACCCCGAUGAGUUUGAACUGGAAGUCGUGGUGCUCGGCUCUCACCUCAUCGAUGACUACGGCAGCACGAUUCGUAUGAUCGAGCAGGAUGACUUUGACAUCAGCUCCAAGCUUCACACCAUUGUGAGAGGAGAGGAUGAGGCAGCCAUGGUGGAGAGUGUUGGUCUGGCACUUGUCAAACUCCCUGAUGUCCUACAGAGGCUGCGCCCUGACAUCCUGGUCGUCCACGGCGACCGCUUUGACGCGCUGGCUCUGGCAACCGCUGCAGCGCUGAUGAACAUUAGAAUACUUCACCUGGAGGGAGGAGAGGUGAGCGGUACGAUCGAUGACUCCAUCCGCCAUUCCAUCAGUAAACUGGCCCAUUACCACGCCUGCUGCACACGCACGGCAGAGCAGCACCUCAUCGCCAUGUGUGAGGACCACUCUCGCAUCCUGCUGGCCGGCUGCCCUUCAUAUGACAAGCUGCUGUCCACUAGUCGUCGAGAGGACUACAUGGAUGUGAUCAAGAGCUGGCUGGGGGACAACGUGCAGGAUCAUGACUACAUAGUGGCUUUACAACAUCCAGUUACCACUGACAUCCAGCACUCCAUCAAGAUCUAUGGUCUGAUGCUGGACGCUCUGAUCUCCUUCAACAAAAAGACCCUCAUCCUCUUCCCCAACAUUGAUGCAGGAAGUAAGGGGAUGGUGCGCGUGAUGCGAAAGAAGGGCAUCGAGCAGCACCCAAACUUUCGGGCGAUGAAGCACAUUCCCUUCGAGCAGUUCAUCCAGCUGGUGUGCCACGCCGGCUGCAUGAUCGGAAACAGCAGCUGUGGGGUACGAGAGGCCGGGGCCUUUGGCACACCUGUCAUCAACCUGGGGUCACGACAAACUGGCAGAGAAACGGGUGAAAAUGUUCUUCAUGUGAGAGACGCCGACUCUCAGAAUAAGAUCUACCACGCUCUGGAGCUACAGUUUGGGAAGAGAUACCCCUGCUCUAAAGUUUAUGGUGACGGCAACUCAGUGUCUCGGAUUCUGAAGUUUUUGCGAACCAUCAACCUGGACGAGCCCCUCCAGAAGAUGUUCUGUUUCCCCCCCGUGAAAGAAUCCAUCUCCCAGGACAUCGACCACAUCCUGGAGACGCAGACGGCUCUGGCUGUCAACCUGGGAGGGACCAACCUCAGAGUGGCCAUCGUCUGUCAGAGGGGUAAGAUCUUGAAAAAGUACGUGCAGCCCAAUCCAAAGACCUUCCAGGCCAGGAUGAAGCUCUUAUUAAAGAUCUGUGCAGAUGCCACUCGAGACGCUGUCGGCCUCAACUGUAGAUUACUGGGUGUUGGAGUGUCCACAGGCGGGCGGGUGAACCCACAGGAGGGCGUAGUCCUUCACUCCACCAAGCUGAUCCAGGAGUGGUCCUCGGUGGACCUGAGAACACCCAUCUCAGACGCUCUGCACCUUCCUGUCUGGGUCGACAACGACGGCAACUGUGCCGCUCUGGCUGAGAAGAAGUUUGGUCAAGGCAAGGGGGUGGAGAACUUUGUCACCGUCAUCACAGGAACAGGUGUUGGAGGAGGGAUCAUCCAUCAGAACGAGCUGGUCCACGGCAGUACGUUCUGCGCUGCAGAGCUGGGUCACAUCGUGGUCUCACUGGACGGCCCCGAGUGUUCCUGUGGCAGCAGAGGAUGUGUGGAGUCCUUCGCGUCCAGCAUGGCUCUGCAGAGAGAGGCCAAAAGGCUGCACGAUGAGGAGCAGCUGAAGGUGGAGGGGAGGGAUUUGAAGCUGGCUGAGCCAAUCACGGCUCUUCACCUGUUCAGUGCUGCUAAACAGGGGAACUCCGAAGCUGAGGCUGUUCUCAACAAAGCCUCCACAGCGUUGGGUAUGGGCAUCGUGAACAUCCUCCACAUGAUGAACCCCUCUCUGGUGAUUCUGUCGGGGAUCUUGGCCUCUUACUACCAGGCCCCGGUGCAGAACAUCAUCUCGGAGAAAGCCCUCGUCUCGGCCCAGAACACCAAGGUGGUCGUGUCUCACUUGGAGGAGCCCGCUUUACUCGGAGCAGCCAGCAUGGUGUUAGACUAUGCAACAAGGAGGAUGUAUUGAAGAUUUUAAGUCCUCAUUUCCUAAACACCGCUACGUACAGGAGGACUGCACAGCUUUAAAAAAAAGACCCUGCAGUCCUCAGAUACAUAAGCAUGUCUAAGGGAAACUCUUUGAAGGCUUCAGUGAAACUAUCAUGGCGGCGCCAGUUUGUGCGUUAUUCUCCAGAUCUCACACAUCUUAGCUUGUUAGCUUGAUGCUAACACGGAAUGGAAGUUGCCUUUCCUGGUCUAACAGAAUCGGGAUCACAGUCAUGGUGAUUUGAACGUUAGAAACGAUCUCUUAACAAUUUUUUGGUUUCAUUUUAAAAAGUCGUCCAUUCAGGCGUCUCUACUCGUCAACAUAGCGGGAGAGUAACUGUGUGUGUGUGUGUGUGUGUGUGUGUGUGUGUGUGUGUGUGUGUGAGAGAGCAUGUAAAAAGUCCAGUUAGCAUCGUUAUCUCAAGCGCUAGUUUGGUUACGUCGGCCGUCGCACUAAUCUCAUUUAAACUAAAGAGACAGUGUCGCACAAUGACAUCUCACGGAGGUGAAACCGGCGCAUAGGGUGGCGUUACAAGAACUAAACUCUGUUUUUUUGUCUACACAGAAACACCUUACAAAAAAAGAGUUUCUGAACAUCUUCACUCUGGAAGGAAUUUUCCCCAAAGAGUGUUUUCAGUGACCUAUAACGCAGUUUGAGUACGAGAGGUCAAAAAACUGAGAAAAAUAAAUGUUUAAAAAAUACCCGCCUACGUGUGGACUUAGCUUCUUAGCUUCUAAAUGAAUUUACCCCAAAUGAUACGCCAAUCAAGGGGGCGGCCAUGACACCUGUCGCUCAUUUAAACCACAGAAGUGAAUGGAGGAGGAUGCUUCAAUGCCUGGGCUGUAAACAAAUCUAAUUUAAAAAAAAAAAGCCCAUUUAGAGAUAUUACAUUUUGUUUUGUGUGACUUUAAAGUUCGGUUGUUGGUUCGUCCAAAAUUAAAGUGAAUCGCUUGUACGUUAUUUGUACGAAGACCCUAAGGGGACAUCAGGACCAGAUACUGCAUUUUCUCGUGAGCACCAGAAACAUAUUCUUUAAAAUGUUUUCCCCUUGAGGGGCUCCGUAUAUUUGAAGCAUCAUCUUUAUUGUUAAAGAAAGGGAGGGGCUUAUUCCUUCUCGCUCGUUUAUACCAGCUGUCCCUGUUACAGUCGUAUAGAAUGUCUUUUGUGGUGUCCACAAGAAUUCCCCUUCUUACAGCUGUAAGAAUCAAACGCUGCAGGCCAGGCCGGAAAUCAGGGCAAGAGAGAGAGAGAGAGAGAGAGAGAGAGAGGGGAAUGACAUCGGGAAAGGAGGACCAAGUCCGCCCUUAAGGGGGGAAAAGGGGAAAGUUAACGUCAUGGGCGGGCUCAUUGGACCUAAAUGUUAGAUCAGUAAUGUCCGACUUUGUAAACCCACACCAGGACCUGCACUAAAAUGAGGAAGGCAGUAAAUAAAUUGGACUUGGACAUUUGACCCCAUUUAACCCCAAAACAAGAACUUUAUAACAAACUUUUUUCAGUCGGAAAAUGCUAAAUGCUGAUUGGAUUGAGGCCGAGGACGCGACUGUUAGCCAGGAGGCUAUCGCUACUGAUCGCUACAGAGGGUCCACUCACUCUGCCUGUAAGGAGCCCAGCCAUUUCAUUGGGCAGGCUGGGUUAGACUCGAACUAGCGUCCCGCACAUAGGGCUCCUGCUAGGCUACCGGCGCCCCCGUGUUUACUGUAUUAAUGCGUUAUGAGCUCAUGAACUUCCCUCCAAAGUCGUCAUUAUCUACGAGCGGGAAAUUUCAAAGUUAGCCGAGUUCAGUUGUGACGUUUGCACGUCAUUUCAGCAGGGAAAACUCAGACAGAGAGUCAACAAUAGACAGUAAAAAAAUCUAUAUAUAUUGUUCAUAGCAGCUAUCAUUUAUUUUAGUAGUUGCACAUUUCAGUUGGUGCAUCGAUCAGCUGUAGAAAGAAGGGAAACUCUAAAUCAGGGAUGGGCAACUUUGGUCACAGCAAGGGCCACAUUAAUUUAAUUCUCACUGCCAGAGGGCCAAAUUGUAGUAUACAAAAACGAUAACAGUCAAUUAUGUCUCAAUUUAACUCAACAUAUACCAGUGAUCAAAUAUUAUUAUGGACAUAUUUCUGGUUUCAUGAUUUAUGUCAGUAUUUGUCAUGUGUUCUUCAUGUUUCUAAUUAAUUGAUAAGUAAAAAUUUACCUUAGGGCCAUGUUGAGGGUUGAUGGGGGCCACAUGUGGCCACCGGGCCGCCAGUUGCCCACCCCUGCUCUAAAUCAUGCCAGGUGAGAAUGUUAACAUUGAUAACGUUUACCUGAAGCUCAGUCGCAUUCUGCGCGAUAACUUACUAAGUUACUACUGCACAACUGGUAAGUACGAUGUUUUCCGAGGAGCACUUGAAGGCAGCACUUUAUACAUCUGACCUGAUGUUGGCACCUAUCUAACAGUUUGUGAUACAGCUCGUUGAAAUGGUUUGGAUUGUGUGGGCCAGAUCUCACUCUGUGUGUGACGCGACGAGGGAGGACACUUCUCUCCUUCAGUCAUGCGUUGGUAUAUUUGACGUUAAGAAAAUCAAAGACGACUUUUUAUUCCUAAUAUAAAUAUCGCCGUUUUAAUGCUAGCUAUAGAUCGUGUUGGUACAUUUCCUAUUUGUAUUUUAAUUUAUAUUUUGAAGGUGAUGGAGAGUGGGCUUUAAGGUGAAGGUUAGUCAUUCCUGUCCCUAAAACCUUAGUGGCAAUAAAAGACUUGCAAUGCGAUCGUUGAGCUGAAUCACACGAGCGGGGGCGUGUCCAGACUUUUUCAACUGGGGUUUUUCUACCCUUUAUAUCCCCACUAAUGAUAUGUCCAUCCAUCCAUUAUCUAUACCGCUUUUUCCUGUUUGGGGUCGCAGAGGGGCUGGAGCUGGAGCGGGGUUACACCCUGGACUGUUCACCAGCCAAUCACAGGGCUGACAUAUAGAGACACACUCACAUUCACACCUACGGACAAUUUAGAGUCACCAGUUAACCUAACGAGCAUGUCCUUGGACUGUGAGAGGAAGCCGGAGUACCUGGAGAGAACCCACUUGCACAUGGAGAACAUGCAGACUCCACACAGAGAGGCUCCUGUCAGACGGGGAUUCAAACCAGGCACCUCCUCGCGCUAACCACCGUUUGGCGUGCAGACCCUAAUGAUAAGCACAUUAUACAAUUUGGCAACAUAUAAAUCUUCUUAGCUUGAUUCUUUAGGGACUCAAAAUCAAAGAUGGGUAAAGUCACAAUUUCAAAUAUUUAGAAAAUUGCAUGCAAACUCUUGCACGCUGUCAAACUUACAAAUAUUAAUUUAUUGGCAUUUAUGUCCAUUUCAAUGUUAGACGAUGUGUCUCCUUGGACAUUUUUAUGGAAAGAGCAAAAUAUUUAUUCACACCUGAAAGUACUUCAGCCUGUUGAGAUCAGCCAGAAUAGUUGAUGUGUACUUAAGUCCCUGAAUGAUUAGAAAAAUAGCCAAUCAUAGAUUUGGAUUUCGGGGUGGCCAAUCAGAUUUCAUGAGGGGGGAGGGGGCCUUCCCUCUGGACACGCCCCUGCACAAGAGGGAGAGAGAGCACUGCUGUGAUUGGCUCAUAGCAACUCAGACAAAGGAGUGUGAUAUUACUUUGUUAUAGUAGUUAUGUAAUCCACAUAAGAUAUAUAUUGUUAACUCCACAGUCAUGUCUGUGUAAUGUGACGUGUGUUUAUUAGCUUGAUCUGCCUCUGUGUGGAUUUGUGCCGUUUCCUCGUUGGUGCGUCUGUCCGUGUGCCAUGCUGCAGGUACCCGCCAGUGAUUGGACAAAGGCUGAAAGUGUGCCCCAGCAGUUGACUGGACAGGAGCUGGUGCUGUGGCCUGUGUGUGGUUGGAGAGCAGAGGGUGCAGGUUUUAAAAGGGAGCUGUGGAGGAUGAAACACCGCCUCUCUCGUCCUCCCUGCCAACGAGGCCGACAUGCAGAGAGAGAUUGUUGAAUGUCGGCGUCAGGCAGACUGAUUUGAGAGUGUAGUGUGUUUUUGUAAGAGGUUAAUAAUUCUGAUGUCCUGGUUCGGUUGUAGGGGAGAGUAGAGGUUUUCUUUGGCUGAAUCUUUUCUCCUGUUUCUCCGUCAGGGAGGGAGGUAAGCGGUCUGUAAUUUCUUUAUUUUAUUUUUGAGGUAAAAUAGUUUGGGUUUUUCUUUGGAUGAAGAAUUUUUGUUUAUUAUUUUUGGGCCACUGCUCCCCCUGAACUAAGUGUUUUGUGUGAAGUGAAAAAUAAAUAAAUUAUUGUGGA